UCUAUUCACGUUAAAAUUAAAACUGAGUAAGCAAACCAUAUCUUAUGGCAUUAUGGCGUGAAUUUAUGUGAUCAAAAUCUGAUUCUCUCUCUUUGAUUUAAAAAUAACCGAAAUCACGUUAAAAUGUGAUUUAAAAAUAAGCAAAAUCUGAUUCUCUCUCUCUCUAUUCACGUUUAUGGCGUGAUUUUAUGUGAUAUUAUGGUUGUUGGGUGCAUUUACACCAACUCAAACACUUGUUAAGGAAACAACCUUAAAUUCACGAAAUUAAAUGCUCCGUACACGGCUGCUGUGGGUAGUUAAUGAAGGAUACCAACCAAAUGUUCAUUCAUCAGACAUUUGAACAAGAAAGAAGAAGAAAAUCCUCUCAAUACACAUACACGACUCAUACACGGUUGCUCAAAAAUUCAAAAAAAAAUCAUCUAAAGGCUUGUAUUACAUAAGAUGUCGUUUCAAGCAAUCGUUAUACGGCACAGUGGUCAGUGGAAAUUAACCGAGUAUGAAGGAGGCGAUGAGGUUGUCGUGUACAUGUCUAAGGAAGACCUUUGUCAUGCGAAGUUGAUGUAAGAGGUGCACGAUCAAUUAAACGAGGAUGGUCGAUCCACUUAUAUGCUUUUCUACACAUCGACCACGGACGAAGGGCGAAGAAUAAAAGUGGCUUUGAAGACUGAUUCGGAUUUGAACCGACUGAUUUCCGAGCAUAAGAAAUAUCCCGUUGUUUACGUGAUCGAGAAGGGCAAACAAUCUGCGGCUCCGGUUCCUCAGACUCAAGAGCGGGUAUAUUAUGAGGGACAUCGGUCUACUGUGUUUCCUAUCGAGACGGACGUUGGAAGAAGUAUCCCUACACAUGAUGAUAGUAGGGACGAUUCAUCGUCGCAGGAGGAGGAAGACGAGUCCGAGUCUUCGGAUGAGGAAGAAGAGGCGAUACGACGUAGAGAGAUAUUGGAUUCAGUGUCGACUGAACAGGAAGCGUGGAGACAGACAGGGCCUCAGAAUUUCACAUCGGAUGAUCAGCCCGAUGUCGAGCCUCGUGUUGGAGUUCAGCAGCUUGAGGCACGUGACUGGGGGAUUCCAGUCCUCGAUUUUGAUGAUGCGCCGGCAUUAGGUUGGGAGGAUUCUAACGUAUUGGAGAGCGGGAUAUUAUCAGUGGGGGCUCUAUUCCGGUCGAAGGAUGAUUUGGCAAUCGCUGUUGGCCUGUACCAUAUGGAGAAUCACGUGGAGUACGCCGUGCAUCGUUCCAGUACGACCCGUUUGUGGUUUGUUUGCAAGCAUGGCAACGGUUGUCCGUUCAUGCUGCGAGCCGUUCAGAGUGCAUCGAUCUGGAGAGUGAUCAAGGUGGUGAUGGAUCAUACCUGCCACACGGAUUUGAAUUGCACUGCCCCGAGACAGAUUCCGGCGAGGGUUGUUGGAAGAUAUUUUGCACAGAAAUUGGUAGGCGAGGGGGUCGUUUUGAAGCCGAAGGAGAUGAUUUCAGAGAUGCAGCGCUUAUUCGGUAUUGAGAUCAAUUACAGCUUCGCUCUCCGUGCAAGAAACAUCGCGAUUGAGAUGACGUAUGGUGAUUUUGGGAACUCGUAUCAGAUGCUCCCAUCGUAUUUGUAUAUGCUGAGAAUGAGUAAUCCCGGCACAUUAUACGACCUUGAGAUGAAGGACGAUGGCAAGUUUCAUCAUAUGUUUGUUGCACUUGGACAGAGCGUGGCUGCCUUUGAGAAGGGUUACUUGAGGCCGGUCAUCGUCGUAGACGGGACCCAUCUGAAGGGAAGGAACGGCGGCAUUUUGUUCGUCGUUGUUACAAAGGAUGGGAACGAAGCAAUAUUUCCUCUCGCAGUUGGGCUUGGUCCUAUCGAGAACGACGGGUCUUGGACUUGGUUCUUCCACCGACUGCGGACUUGCUUUGGUCAGCCGGAUGAUCUCUUGAUUGUGUCUGAUCAGCACAAGAGCAUCAGAAAUGCUGUGGAGUGUGUCUACCCGAACGUCCCUCACGGGUUGUGCUAUUACCAUAUCCAGAAGAAUCUCGCGCAUUAUGGGCAGCAUACGACUUUCAAAGGAAUUUUUCUGCGCUUCAAGUACUGA